GCAACGAGCUGUUUCCACACCCAGCAACAAACAAACGGCACAAAGGUGGACUUUUCCAAGAAUGACAUAUCUAUGGAUUUUGUCCUGGCAUUAAACUAUGGAAGCUUAAGCUGAAAUUGUUAUUACUUUUGAGGUAUUCAUAGUUACUUCUGUUUCUGUGGGGGAAAUGAAGCUGCGUCGGGUUCUUUUCCUUCUCUUUGUUGUGUUCUCAUGUUCCUCUUGGCAAAUGCCUCAGACUGGAGAGGGUUUGACAGAAGAGGAACUCUUCACUGAGUCCAUAGAUCAAACAACACCACAAAGAAGCAUGGUGCAACUUCUGCAUGCAACUUCAGAUGUUAAAGUCUCUUCUCCCACUGAACCUCCAUCUCCACCAGCCACAACCGUUGUGCAUUAUAUCUCUGAACCCAAUGAUCUUCCACAGGAGAGGUCCACAUCAGCUCCAGGUUCUCCUGGUGAAGUGUCACAUACGAGGGAUAAAUAUCCUAAAGAUCUGUUUUCAGUUGAUGAUUGCAGAAGAGGCUGGGUCAUCCUCCACAUUAUCGGCGUGGUGUACAUGAUCAUAUCUCUUGUUGUUGUGUGUGAUCAGUUUUUUGUCCCUGCAUUGAGGGUAAUCACAGACAAGUUAGAGAUCUCCAACAAUGUGGCAGGAGCCACCGUCAUGGCUGCUGGAGCUUCUGCUCCUAGAUUCUUUGCCUUGUGUAUUGGGGUUCUUCUCAUUCACAUUCCAGUGGGUGUUGGUGCCAUUGUAGGUCCAGCAGUUUACAACAUUUUGUUUGUCAUUGGAAUGUGUGCGUUGUUUUCUCAAGGAGUUCUCCACUUGACCUGCUGGCCAGUUUUCAGAGACAUAUCCUUCUACAUAUUUGACUUCAUCCUCCUCAUCAUCUUCUUCUUGGAUGAUGUCAUAAUGUGGUGGGAGAGCAUGAUUCUAGUGGCCAGCUACACUCUCUAUAUGAUUUUUAUGAAGUUUGAUGUGCAAAUAGAACAGGCCUUCAAGUCCCAACUGCACAAACACAGAAACGUUGUCAAAGUUAUUUCUGUGGAGGAACCUGAAAAGGAUGAUCUGCCUGCAGGAGAAGAUGGAUCAGGAGAUGCUCAGGAUAAUAAAGAGGAUAGCAAGAAAGACUUGGAUGACUCCAAUCAAAUUGAAGGUAAUAAUGAGUCAAGUGAAGACAGAGAGGAUGCACCUCUGUCUUUAAAGUGGCCUGACACACCAUGCAGACGAGCCUGGUACCUCCUCCUAUUGCCCAUAGUCGUCCCUCUGCACCUGACACUUCCUGAUGUUCGUAAACAGAAAUCCAGAAAGUUCUUUAUGAUCACUUUCCUGGGAUCUAUUCUGUGGAUUGCUGUCUACUCUUACUUCAUAAUAUGGUGGAGCCAUCAGGUAGGUGAGACUUUUUCCAUCCCAGACGGCCUUAUGACCAUCGUGGUUGCAGUGAUCUCCAGUCCAGUCCUCAUUACCGGUAUCAUUGUGGCCCGUAAAGGCCUGGGGGACAUGGCUGUGUCCAGCUCUGUGGGCUGUAACAUCUUUGACAUCACUGUGGGUCUGCCAGUUCCAUGGCUUCUGUAUUCGGCGAUCCAUGGUUUGGCUUCGGUGGUGGUCAGCAGUAACGGGCUCAUCUGUGCAACUGUGCUUCUUUUCCUCCCACUCUUCUUCGUCAUCAUCUCCACUGCGUCCUGUAAAUGGAAGAUAAAUAAAGUCCUGGCUUUCACCAUGUUGCUGCUGUACUUUAUCUUCCUGGUACUUAGUGUGAUGCUGAAGAAUCGCAUCAUCGUCUGUCCUGUUUCCAUCUGAAAGUGUAUCAUCAUGGUCCUGCUUUACAUUAUCUUGUGUGUUUUGGCCAUGAUGCUUAAACAUCAAGUCAUCUGCAGUACAUACUGUAGUCAGGGCUUAAAACAAUUGUAUACACUGAUGCAUAUGAAUUAAAUCACUCUUGAUUUUAAAUGUUAAUUAGAAAAGCCACCACUCCUUGAUUUGUCGUUGGUUUGUACGCAAUUAUCUGAUUGCAGACCAAAA